AUGUUUGUGUUGCGGGCGACGAGGUUGUUGUGCUGUAGAACCACGGGCGUUGCGAGCCACGUUGGCCAGGGUUGGCAGACUCAAAUGUGUGUAAUGCCAAUUGUUCUCUCGAGUCCUAGCUGCAAAAAUAACAGGCCCUGCCUUGGGUCUGUACGUAAGGCAAUGCAACAUUCACCGCAUUGGGGCCUGACGGGAUGGCAAUCGAGCGUUAGCUUAGGCUGCCACCGAUGCACUGCCUGCUUCGCCAAGCACUGCGUUGACCUCCAGCUGGCUGUAGUCCAGCGUCACCGACCAGCCUUCCUCUUCAUCCACCCUGCGGGAUCCCUCGGCCCGCCCCGUAAAUCACACAUCCCCAUCGUCCGUUUCCUUGCUCGGCUCCAAGCCAUGGAUCCGGCGUUGAGCGCCGAUGUCGACGCCGCCCGCCCAGCGCCCAGCGGAAACGCAGAUGCAGCUCCGCAGUGGCAGCCGCCGCCAAGCAUGGACGACUUGCUCGACCACUCCCCUAUCCCUACCCUCGUUGUGUCCCCGACCUACCGAGUCGUGCGCGUCUCGUGGAGCCUCAUGCGCUCGUGGUUCCGCUCCGACCCCCCCUCCGCGCCUGACGUCGGCGGGGCCGACCUCUUCCACCUCCUGUCCCGGAACGAGCGCGGGUGGCACGACCCGCACGCGGCCCUCCUAAGACACACGCUCGAAUCGGCCGCGCUCAAGAGGUCGCCCUGCGACAUGCGCGCGGUGCUGGCCCGUCCCCGCGACCGCCUGCAGUGGCUUGCCGUGCGCGUGGUGCCCGUGUUCAGAGGCGACGAGCUGCUCUCGUUUGUUCUGGAGUGGCAGCUGGACCACAACGACACGACGGAAGCGGAGAGGCUGGCACACGAGUGGGGAGCGGAUGAGCUGGUCAAGCGCGGGUGUCCAAACACGGUGGUCCUUGGCUUGAAUCGUGAUGGCAUCGUCAUACGGUCCAGCGCCUCCACCCCCACGAAGCUUGGCUGCCCGAGCACCGACAUCGUCGGCCGGCACUGGACCGCACUGACGGGUUUGCGAGAGAAUGAGGUGGGCUCGCGCAACUGGAUAUCGGUGUGGGGUGAUCCCAAGCGGGGGUUCUGGGCUGAGGUCCAGGAACCAUUGAUGACACCCAUCGGGUCGGACGAACCCGAGCGAUACGAAAGGGUCCUCGUCAUCCGCGAUAUCACCGACGAGCUGGUGUUGGAGCGCAGCCUCGAUGUCACGCGCCGCGAGGCUGCGAGCCUACUCAGCAACCAGGACUCGGUCGACGGCACGGAGCUCACGAAAUUGAGCAUGGAUGCUGUCGGCAUUGUGCGCAAGGUCGUCGAGGAGGAGAACAGAGCAGCUUCGCAAAGAAUCAGCGCCGGGUUCGGGCAGGGCAUCCCGUCGAGGUUUGUGGGGGACCCGGUCAAGUUCGCACAAAUAAUUCGAGCUUUAGUCAGGAACGCCGUCAAGUUCGGUGGCGAAGGCGAGGAUAUCUUUGUCCAUCUAGAUCCGGAGUCUAACGACGAGGGGUCUAUGGAGCUUAACCUUUCUGUUGCCGACCAGGGGAUCGGGAUCGGCGAAAAUAUGCAAGAUAUUAUCUUGCCGCACAACAUCACCCCUUACCAGCGGCACACAGCCGACGACGAACCCACCAGCGGCCUCAGCUUACAUCUCGCCCAUAGAGCCAUCAGCGAUAUGGGCGGGCACAUCAGGUUUGAGCCUAACUACGGAGCUAGCAAGGGCACCGUCUUCCGCGCCCGGGUGAAGCUCGCCCGCUUCCCGGGGGACCCGCCCUGGGUGCCGCCCCCAGGGCACCAGGGCCGCGCGCCGUUCGUGCUCCUCAGGUGGCUGACGGGCGAGCAGAGGAACCACAUCGAGGCCAUCUACCCCCGAACGAAAAUACUUGUCGUCGAGGACAACCUCGUCUGUAGCAAGAUCCUCGAGCGGCAGUUACAACGUCAUCUUUAUGGAUCGAACUCUGCCAGACAUGGACGGCCUUGA